AUGCCCGGUCCGCGUCCGAAGCGAUGCACCAAUCCUGCAUGCGACUUUCUGGUGCACCCGGAUGCGACAAAGAUGGGAAGCUUCUGCUGCAAGAAGUGCCACUACCACUACAGUGUUGGGAGCGAGAAAGGAAAGAGCCUCGCCCAUGGCGACCUUUGCAAACGGACGAAAGCCCCUGCAGACGCGGCACCUGCGGAGUAUGUUGCUCCAGAGGCUCCAUUACCCGCGGCCACUUCACAGGCCAGCCGUGUUGCUAAACGCAAGAAGAGCUGGACUUCCGGGCACGACACAGCGGAGCCCUGGCCCGUGAGAGCUUCGCGCCCAGACACCACGGCGGCGGGCAUCUGGACGGGUGCUCCAGAUCCACCGUAUCCCAGAAUUUUGCGAGCACGCAGCAAAAGCCCAGCCAGGCGGAAAGAUGAUCCUGGUGGCGAACCUCCAGAUUCGACCAGUGCUCGCAAAGAUGCGCCUGGCAGGAGACUCAACACUACUGGCAGCCCCAGAAGGACCGGUCUCUCGAAAAGCCGCAGAAACCUGGACUCCGGCGGCGAAGGAGCCAGGAGUUCAAAGCAAACAGCUGGGGCCAACGAUCCUGAUCGACAGCGGCCAGAAGCAGCAGGACCUACGGAAGAUAAAUCCACCCCGUGCGAUGCUGGAGAUGCCGGCACCAACAAGGCCGUCUCGAAAGACCAAGCUCAUGUCAAGGAUUUGGAGGAGCAGAUCAGGGCUUUGUUUGUUCUCAAACCCAGGGAGCUCGAGGACUCGUGCAGUACAGCUUCCGAAUCCUCUCCUUCCGUUGAGAUUGGUGGGGUCGAGAAGCUGAGCGACGGGAGACAUUCGAAGAGUCGCAGUCGGAGUCAGAGCAGCUGCAGUCGCAGCAGCCGCAGUCGCGGCAGUCGCAGUCGAAGCUACAGUCGCAGCAGCUCCGCGGACUCGGACUCCACUGAUGACGAGCCUGGGCGGGACCAGACGGACCCGAAGGGUCCCAAGGACACCAAGGAUGCCGUCCCGGGCCCCGCCUCUGUCUCUUCUGCGAGGGGCGAGUCAAAGUCAAAGACGCAGGAUGCAAGCCUGCAUGAAGGCGCAGAGCGCACCACGGCUUCACAGCCUAGCAUAGCCAAAGAUUCGCGAACGGUGGAGGCUGUCAAGUCAAGCUAG